ACCCUUCAUUCCCCCACACCCAUUUAUCUAGGCGAAAAACUACAAGGCUAUAGUACGACGUUAUGUCCGGAUACGGAGGAGGGCCCUCGUACCUUCGCGACCUAAAUAUGUUACCGGAGGAGGGAGGUAAUGCGGAUGCCGAAUUUGACCCGGGUGAUUUGUCGCUCUAUACAAACACGGAAUUUUUCGAGUUUGAUAUUGGCGAGGGUGAUGGGGAACAGGAAGGAAGUGAGCGAUUCACAGUUCCCGAGGAGGCGCAGUUGAAGGACGGACAUUUGGGAUUUCUAAACGGUGUGUUUUUAUUUUUAUUUUUUUAUUCCCCGUGCUCUGGAUUAUGGGAGGAGGGAUUAGUGAAGAGCCCCGAUCCGGUGGGGCAACCCCUGUGGAAGCGGGGAUGGGAGACGCACAUAUCACAACACUUGCUCGUCGAAUAUUAUCAUUUGACAAGGGAGGUUUGCGGGCAUCGGUUCUCUUUGGGGGCCGGGUUCGAUAGGCAAGCCGGAAGUUGGCCUGGGUAACCACAGAAUUAUUAGGGAACGAAAGAGGUGGAGGGGAGGAAUAUCACCUCGAAGCUAACGCCCUGCCCGAUAGAUGAUGAUUUCGACUACAUGCCCUUUCCUACCCUCCACACAUCCGAGAGUCAACCAUCCACUCAAACUACCGCUACCCCUUCACUCCAAGCCUCGAAUCCCAUGCCACCGACUGCCACACAUCGCACCAUUCAUCCCCCUUCCUCCUCUUCAGACGCCUCUUCCCCUUCCCCUCUCUCCCCGCAAGCCGGCAAGCGGAAGACCUCUAUAGCGGCUACACCCCCCUCGACGGACGGCCUCGAUGACCUUUCCCGCGUGGCAGCAGAGGAGGACAAACGCCGGCGGAACACUGCAGCUUCCGCUCGAUUCCGGGUUAAGAAGAAGCAGCGAGAGCAAGCGCUUGAGAGGACGGCGAAGGAAAUGACGGAUCGGGUUACCCAGCUCGAGUCCAAGAUCGCGCAACUGGAGAUGGAGAACAAGUGGUUGAAGAACCUUAUCGUGGAGAAGAACACUGCCGCAACAGCACCAAACGAUUCUGACACUUCGCGGGAGCCCUCGAAGGGUGGAGUUGGCACAAAGGUUAAGAAUGGCGAGUCCUAG